AUGGCUGGCGACGAAACCCCCGUCGUGGCUUUUUUGGGGCCAGAGGGUAGCUACACGCACCAGGCCGCCCUCUCCGCCUUCUCAUCCGCAUCUCCCCCCGUCACGCUCGCCCCGCUCGUGACCAUCGAAGACGUCUUUUCGGCGGUCCAGGCCCGCACCGCAUUCCGCGGCGUCGUACCGUUUGAAAACAGCUCCAAUGGCAGCGUCGUGUUUACGCUCGACCUGUUUGCCGACGUGCAGGCGAAACACCCGGAUAUCGUUGUUUGCGGAGAGGCGUAUGUCGCUGUUCAGCAUUGUUUGCUGGGGUUUGCGGCGGGUAAGAGUAGGAGUAGGAGUAGUAAGGAAGUAAAUGUAGAUGUGUCUGUGUCUGUGUCGCAAACGCAAAACCAAGAAAAAACAGCUGGACAAGGAGAAGAAGAAAGAGAAAGAGAAAGAGACGCGACCCCCAACUUCUCGCACAUCAAACACAUGUACUCACACCCGCAAGCGUGGGGCCAGUGCAAAAACUUCCUCAGCACCCAUCUCAAGACGGCCGAGAAGCACGACGUGAGUUCUACCUCUCGAGCUGCUGAAAUCGCAGCGCAGGACCCGUCUGGCGCGUCGGCCGCACUCUCCAGUCUCAUGGCCGCACACCUGACGGGCCUCGAUGUGCUUGCAAAAGGCAUCAAUGAUAAACUGGGCAACACGACGCGGUUUCUGGUGCUACGGAACCGGGGCUGCGGGGACCAUGAUUCCACGAAUAUCGCUACACACGCUAUUGGAACUACACCGACAACGACGACUGUUGUGAAAAUCAACGAAUCCAACACCGAACCUCCAAAUCAUAAUAAUACCAACAAUGAAGAUGAUGAUGAUGAUGGAAACUGGAAAUCCCUAGUUACAUUUACGCUUGACCACGCGAAUCCAGGCGCUCUGGCAGCAUGUCUCACGGCCUUUUCCACGCACGGCAUCAAUCUCACGUCGAUUAAUACGCGGCCGAGCGGAGAGCAGAAUUGGCAUUAUAUUUUCUUUGUUGAGCUCAAGGGUCGAAGGCGGCGGCGGCGAGAGCAUCGUCAUCGUCGUGGUCAUCGUCGUGGUGGUGGUGGUGGUGAUGGUGAUGGUGAUGGGAAUGAAAAGGAAGGAGACGAUACCAUGGAACAAAAAACAAACAUGUGUGCGGUAGACAGGGCGUUGAGCGAGUUGGAAAAAGUGUGCAUGUGGUAUCGGUGGUUGGGGAGUUGGGAAAACAGACUUGGCUGA